AUGAACCAUUAUCUAAUUCGCAAACUUGGUCUCCUCUUCCAUAUCAAACGAGCACUUAGAAAACAAUAUAAAUCUCACAUUUGGUCUAUGGUGUAUCUUGAUUGCGAGAAACUGACCUGCACCUCACAUCAUGUUCACCAUGCUAUUACAGUUGAAAGUGUUAUAAGACCAAGAGAAUAUAUUCCAGGGGGCCUCUGUCGAAGCAACAAAAAGAACAAACCUUUCACUUAUUUAGACAAUAAAAACAAUGCUGUAGCCAAUAAUAAGCUUGUGAGGUCUGAUAUUAACAGUGUUAUACCUGUAAUCCUCAUAGUGACCCGAGAGCUUUCAAAAAAUGCUCUGUUGAUCUUUACAAGAAUUCAAGUAUUGCAGCGUGACUUAAACAAUGUGAAUACUGCUCUUUGUUAA